GCCCAGCAAGUUACACAGUAACAACUAGCCAUCUUCUCCUGUCGUUUCGUUUUGUUUUGUUAUAAACUUAAUAUUUAUAUUAAAAACACAAUGGAAUCAAACGGUCAAGAAACUAAUGUUGCCCCAGCUUCAGCCCCGGCUCCGGCACCGGCACCCACUUCAACAACCACAGACUCAUCGUUGAGAAAGAUCUUCGUAGGGGGCAUCAGCCAGGAGACCACGGAAGCCCAGCUGAAAGAAUAUUUCACCGAGUACGGAAGCAUCGAAGCCAUCCGCCUCAAAACCGACCCCAACACCGGCAACUCCAAGGGCUUCGCCUUCAUCGUGUUCACCAGCACCGAAGCCCUGGAGGCCAUUUUUGCCAAAGACGAACACACGAUCAACAACAAAAAGGUGGACGUGCAGAAGGCCAAAAUCAAAGAGGGCAAGCUGUUCGUCGGCGGCAUUAACGCCGACAUGUCCGAGGACGACAUCAAAAACCACUUCGGCCAGUUCGGCAAGAUCACCAAGGCGGAGUUCCCCAUCGACAAGACCAAGAACCAGAGGAAGGCGUUCUGUUUCAUCACCUUCGAGUCCGACUCGAUCGUCAACCAGAUCGCCAAGACCAGGAAGCAGACGAUCAAGGGCAAAGAGGUGGACGUAAAGAAGGCGAUGCCGCAAGAAAAGUCGUUCGGUGACGGCUUCAACCCCGGCUUCGGUCAGGGUUUCAGGAGCAACAACGUGAGUUUGGUGGGUGGACGAGGACGCGGCGGAGCUCGCGGACGUGGUGGUUUCCAGAAUCGUCGAGGGGGUUUCAAACCGAGGGGUGGAAUGAACAAUGCACAGGGACAAGGGAACGGUUGGACCAGUUUCGGGGAUAACGGCGCCAACUACUCUGAUUUCGGUGCAAAUGGUAAUGGGUACGGAUAUAAUCAGGGAUACGGCGGUAACGGGCAAGGGUACGGUGGCAAUGAUCAAGGAUACGGGGGCUAUGGCACCAAUGGCAAUGCCAACGGGGGUUUUGCCAAACAGAAGGGCUUUAACAAAGGAAAUCAACAAAGAUUCACACCAUACUAAAUGGUGUUGGUAAUCUCGAUCAAUGUUUUUGAUAUGUCUAGUUAUUAACAAUUAAUUUAUAAGGUUAGGCUCCAUUCUUAAAAGAAUGUGUUCAUAUUUAUGAAAUUAUUAAUUAAUUAUAUUAUUAUGUAUUUGGUUAAUUUUGUAUGAAAAUGUGUGUAUAACUUUUGUAAUGCUGCAAUAAAAUAUAUAAUUAAUUAUUUUAAAUGUAUUUUUUAUACAUUUAAUAUUGA